ACAGACAAUGUCCUGCUUCGGUCGCUUAGUACUCAUCAUUCACCCGCAACUUCGCCCGAGGAAGACAAGAGGUGGAAAGCUGGCCUCGGAGAGCUUAUCAAGGAGCUGAAAAUGACAAACCUGGGUAAGCAGGAUGUCGGAGCCAUUGCUGAACGUAUCGCUCAGUACCGUCGUGAUUUCGUUGCCGAUCCCACCAAAACUCUACAUCUUGUCUGA